CCAAUCUUUGGCUCUGGGCGCCUGCACACGUCCCCGCCGGGUGAAACCCCGGGCCGUGGGCCGCGGGCUGCGGAUGGCGAGUGGCUCACUUGGAGAUGCCGGAGAAACAGGAUAUCAUCCAGGUGUCGGUGAAAGCCGAAGAGAGCGACAUUAUCACCGAGUCUGGCAGCCAAAAAUAUUUUGCUGAUUUCCAUGCCCUGCUCACGAAACCAUCUUGCAGAGAGGUUUCUGUACAAGGCCCGCGGCGUGAUAACAAAGCGGAAGCCAUACGAGACUGCGAGCUCCUGCGUAAGACUUUCGACAAUGAAGGUGAACUGGGUGUGAAGCGUAUGGGCGAGUCCUUACGGAACAAGGCCAGCGAUAUGCCGGUGGCAACCCCUGAGGUGUUGGAAGGCAUCUACAAUGCCAUGCGGCAAUCCCAAGUCGCUCCUGAACGACUCAUUCCUCCAGGGGAGGGCUGGGUGCGUUUCAACGACGAGAUGCUUUGGGAGCCGCGAAGCGAAGUCUACUUUGCUCAAAAAGGAAACCAGAUGGGCAAGUACCUCAUGAAGGAUGCGAAAUCCAAUCAGUUCGAAAGCGUGGAUACGCCGCAUCAAAGUGCGGAAGCUGCUGUGUCCGUUCGCGCUGGAGGGACCAACAUCCUUCGACAGGGGAACAAAUUGGACCGGACGGUGCUGUUGCCAGAGUUGAAGAAGAUCGCUCGACUGACCCUGAAGUUCCCUUUGAGUUUCCUGGACUCUCCGGCCUCGGCCUUUGCCUUGUUCCAAGGCAUUCGCAGCGCUGAGGCAGCGGACUGGUGUGCCAAGAACUUUCACUCCAAACUCAUACCUCUUCUGGCGAAGAAGAUUCAUUCCUGGAAAACCGAGGAGCUCCAAAAGUUGCUGGAUCGGGUGCUCACUGAUUUGGAUGCAGAGGUGAUCAAGAGUCCUCAUGCCUUCAGUGGCAGUUCUGCCGUGUUGGCCUUGUUGCUGGGCGAUCGUUUGGUGAUUUCGGCUGUGGGUCAGUUCCGCGUGGUGCUGCUAUUCGACGAUGGCAGCUCUCGAGAAUUGAUGCGGGGAACUGAUCUGCAUUCCGAUGCGGAACGCAUUGAAGAAGCCAGAGGUCACAUACGAAAAGACUCUUUGAUCCGGUUGCCGGACGCCGACUCCAAUGAUGCGGAGAAAGUCUUGAUGGCUCGUAAUCCCUUUCAGGUGUUGCAGAUGGAGCCUCAAGCGCUAGAUGAGAAGCAGGUGCGUACACAAUAUCGGAAGAUGGCGCUGAAGGUGCAUCCAGACAAGCAGACCGAGGAUGCUGAAAGCUUCAAGAAGGCUUUCGCACGCUUGGACGGAGCGAAAGAGGUCUUGGAGAGUCUCUGCGGCGCCGACUCGACUGCUGUAGCGGAUCUCCAUCAGGUUUUGCAGGCGGAGGUGCACACACGGGAAGGCGCCGCGCAGCUCCUCAGUGUGGACGCAGCUCCCAUGACGGAGACCGAGCAGCUGGCGGAGGACGCGGCCAAGUCCUCGCGACGAGGCAUCAAGAAAUUGGAAAAGCUGGAGCAUUUGGUGAAAGCCGAGUACGAUUUGGCAGUGGCAACCUACAGAGAAGCAGUGGAGACUCUAAGGCGGCCGGCGUCAAAAGAGGCGCUGCCGAGACAGGAGGCUCUUCGAUUGCAAUCUUUGUCUAUGAGCCGCGCCCUGGGUGUCAGAGACAUGCGCUUUCCAGCGCCAGUGGUCGUCAUGAGACCAGAAAGUGUCUCCUGGCAAGUCCAACGUGGAACUCGUGUGGCUCUGCUUUGUGGCGCGACUGCCGCUCUGACUGAUCAGCAGUUGACUAAGAGCUCUGCAGCUUUUAAGCGAUGUCCCCGAGCCUCUGCACUGCGCUGGUGCCAGGAGAUGUCUGGCAACAGUGUGAUGGCGGCAUGCCUCCGGUGUGAAACCAAAGGUGAAGAGGGUCAAGGCCAUGGCACGGGACCCCCGGCCAAGAAGCAAAAGACGCAACAAGGACUUCGGUGGUGCACCUGGGCGCAUUUAAGUCGCAGCUGGUGGCCUCAGGAGGAGGUCGCAGCAUCUUUAUGCGACACAUCCUCUUCAAGCAUCAGCAGCUGCGUGUCAUGGACCCCGCGGCGCGCCGCGAGGGUGCGGCGCGCAGCAGCGGCGAGGCCGAGGCGAAGGCGCUGCAGGUGCUGCAGCGGCUCCAUGCGGAACCAAACAGUUUCGUGAAACUUUGCCGCGAGCACAGCGACUGUGCUUCAGCGGAGCAGCCUGGGACGCUGGCUGGGCACAUGGGGUGGGUGGCCAGGGGCGAACAGGAACCUGCCAUGGAGGAAGCGGCUUUUGCGCUGGGUCUCAAUGAGUUUGGCGACUUGGUCGUCACCAGCCGCGGGGUCCAUUUGAUCCAACGGAUCGGCUGAGUCACAACCGUCAGUCCCGGAUCCGCUGAUCGGCCAAAGCUUGGAAGUAAAAUGGGCCGCUGCUGG